UGGAGCCCGGCCCUUCGCCUCGCCCUGCCCCAGAGACUCGGUUUCCCAGGAAUCCCAGGGCCUGGGGAGCAGCCGGCAUCUCCCGGGCGCCCCCUCGCGGCGCACCUCAGCGGGGUUUCACUUCCCGGCGGCCCUCGCGGCAGGUUCCGUGCUUAAGGGAAGUUCGUGAUGGCGGGGUCUGGUUCCGCCGCCGUGUCCGGGGCAAGCACCCCGGUGGCGGGGCCCGCCGGCCGCGACCUCUUCGCCGAGGGCCUCCUCGAGUUCCUGCGACCGGCCGUACAGCAGCUCGACUCUCAUGUCCACGCUGUCAGAGAGAGCCAGGUUGAGCUUCGGGAACAAAUUGACAACCUAGCUACUGAACUGUGCCGUAUCAAUGAGGAUCAGAAAGUAGCCUUGGAUCUCGACCCCUAUGUGAAGAAGCUACUUAAUGCCCGGCGACGGGUUGUCUUGGUCAACAACAUUCUACAGAAUGCCCAGGAACGGCUGAGACGGCUAAACCACAGCGUUGCUAAGGAAACAGCUCGCAGGAGGGCAAUGCUUGAUUCAGGAGUUUACCCCCCUGGUUCCCCAAGCAAGUAACAGGCCAGAUGUGCCCAUGGCCCUAGCUGCUGUUUCCUCCAGGACGCCAUUGACCUUGGGACAUCAAAAAGGCAGCCCCUGUGGUUUGUGUUUGAAGCACUUACCUGUUCAUGUGGGACCCAAAGAAACCUAUACAGCAGGACUCAGGACCCCGAAGGAUUUGUUAUGGCUCUUCUUUCCAAGAAUGAGCUGAGGCAUCUACAUCUUUUUUGUUUUAAAGCUGCAGGCGCAAGGCCCACCCUCUACCUUCAAGCCUAGUUAAGCAGGGAGAGGCUUCCUCUAUUGCAUGUUCUCUGCCUGUGAUUUUUCUUUGCACUGAGGAUUUGGAAAAGAGGGCAGGCAAAGUCAAGGUGAAUGACCCAUCUACCCUCUUUUAUUGAUUGCACUGAAUUGAAUACAGCAACAGUGUUACUAGAACCAUUUAAUUCAAUAAAUACUUAAACAGUA